AUGAGUCCUGAUUCUUUUAAAUUGGAGAAUGAUAUUAGAAACCAAGAGUUAAACCUGGAGGAGCAGCCAAAAAUCUCAACUUGUUCAAUAAAGGACUCUAGAAUCUCAAAGAAUACUGUAUUCAGAAAACCUGCAAAAGUGAUUUUCAAUUUAGAUCAAACUACACAGAGUUUGAAGCUAGAACAGUCAUGGAAGAAAAAUCUUUUUGAAAGACUGCAGGCAAGAGCCCAGACAAUGCAGCAGAAAAUCAUAGAUAAGGAAAAUCUGAAGAAGGAACUAGAAAAAAAGGCUGAAGAAAAACUCCCCAGGGAUAAUUUGGCCAAAGAGUGGUUUAAUACUGAAAACAUGACACUGAACACUCGUGCAUAUUUGCUCGACAAACUUCUACCCACCUUAGUUCCUGGAAUGGAAAAAAUGUUAAUGCAAGUGGAAAAGAAGAAGCUUUUGGCAGAAGUUGAUAUUCCAACCAAGUUUGAUCCAAUUAACUAUUUGGGGGAAUACUUAAUGAGAAACAACCCUAAUUAUAUCAAAGACUCAGGAAUGUCUGGUUAUCAGAGGGUGAUGAGAAAUAUCACAGAAGACCUGAAGAUAUACGUUCCGAACACUACUUACAACAGAGUAUCCAAGAUGAAGGAGAAUAUUAAACAGAAACGAGAACAAAGAGAAUGCAUGAACAAAGUCAAAGCCAAGGUGGCCAACACAUGGAAACAGGCUCUGCAGGAACAGUUCAAUGAGUGGAUUCUAGACCCCAAAGGAAUGAUUCCUAUGAUAGUGAUUCAGAAUGUUCUUCAUGAAUUUUUUCAAAAUCCAGAUUUCCAGCUUGGUAAGCCUGCCUCAUGCUGCCAACAAUUGGAUAUUGCUGACUCAAUGGAACCAAGACUGAACAAAAUGGAAUUUAUAGAAUUCAUCUCUUCUCACAUUGCAGGCUUUAAAAGUGAAAUGUUUGAGGAGCUCCUUAAGCACCUUUGCCACUGUGCAGAUGAAUUCAGGGAGGUUAUAAAAACUGACAUGCGGAGACAGAUGUUUGCUGAACUCUUCUUGCAUUGUGACUGUGGGAAGGUAGGGUUUUUGGAUCGGCAGAGGACAUUGGCUUUACUGGAAACAUUCUAUGACCAAAGUUCAAAAGUGCUCAGAGGUUUACUCCGAAACCCAAGACAAUGGCCGUUUGUUGAAUUUGGAGAGAUAGACUUGCCUGAGUUCUGGGGAGACAUGGAUAAUCAGAAGCACAUUUAUGAAGACUUUGACAAAGUACUCUUAGAGAUGAAUACAUUACUUUCUGAAAAACAUGCUAGCAAGAGCCAAAGUAAAUUAUUAGCAAAUCCAGAAGAUCAACAUAAACAUGAUAAACAUAGAAAAUCAACACUACCACAAAGCCCACCAGAACAGCAGAGAGGGACAACUGCAAACCAAGAACCAAACAGAAUUUCAACCAACGAACAAGAACAAGACAAAGAGUCAACUGGAGAACAAGAACCGAACAAAGAAUCAGUAGCAAAACGAGGAACCUACACAGGGUCAACUCCAGAACAAGGAUCAAGUAGAGAAUUAAUAAUAGAACAAAGACCACAUGAAGAGUCAACAACAGGACAAGGAUCACACAGAGGGUCACCUGAGGAACAGGGAACACAUAGAGAGUCAGUAUUAGAACAGGGACCACACAGAGGGUCAAUUGCAGAACAGGAAUCACACAGAGAGUCACUCUUAGAUCAAGGACACCCCAGAGGGUCAACUGCAGAACAGGAAGCACGCAGAGAAUCCCUAUUAGAUCAAGGACGACCCAGAGGGUCAGUUGCAGAACAAGGAGCACGCAGAGAGUCAGUAGUAGAACAAGGACCACACAGAGGGUCAACUGCAGAACGACAACCACCCACAGAGACAAUUCCAGAAAAACAAGAGGAUAUAGACUCAACUUCACAAUCAAGAAAAGGUAGUAUCUUAAGAGAAAGUGAAAAAUCUAGGGAGGCUAUUUCCUUUGAGUACACUGAAAUCCCUCCACAGGAAGAAAGGACUCAGGGGCAAAUCUAUGACGAGCAACUAUUCAUGAGUCCUGAACUGCAAGAGAAAAUUUCGGUAUCAAGCAGAAAAGGUCAUCUUUCAGAAACUGAAAAAAAGGAAGUUCAGAAAGACAAAUCCUGUGAACCCAAGUCCCAAAAAAUAGAAGGAAAAUCAUGGUCAGGUGAACUUUUGACUUGUAACUGGAACACGAAGUAUGCCAAAUGUGAAGAGGAGGAACAGGCAAACUUAAUCUAUGGUAACUCCAGGUUCACAGACCUACACUUGAUUAUCAGAAAUAUUCAGUCUUACAAGGAAAUAAAAGGUAGGAGUGCCUUCAAUGGAGUUUCCUUCAAUCUGCUCCAGUUUGUGCAACUCCUGGAGACAUUUGUUGGUGAAGAUGCCCCCUUGAGUGUCAGCGAAGCCCUCACCUCCUUUUUUAAGAAGGGCUUUGUUGAAACAAAAGAAGAGAAAAUGAGUGGCUUAGAAGAGGCUAGACAAAAUGCUUCCCAAGUCCGACGGGGACUUCUCCUAAAUGCCCUCUUUCAGAAGUGGGACUGUGAUGGCUCAGGCUUCCUGGAUCUGAAUGAAGUUGAUGAACUCUUGUACACAUACAAGGAGGGAAUGGAAAAGGAAUCUAUGAAGAAAGCUAAACUACACAUCCAAUUUCCAAAGCCACACCCUGGUCACGAAGUGAGGUUGUCUUCCAAACAGUUUCAGAAAUACAUAGAAUUGGUUGUAUCUGAACUGAGGGGCAAUGAAGAUCAAGUUCUGGAAAGCGUUGUGGAGUUUCUGAUGAAUACUUUAGAAAGGAGCCAUGUUGAGAGUCUGAGAAAUUGUGCCAGACAAAAGUGGCUGCACCAAAUCCAACGUGCUGCAGAGACAAGUGGAGUAUCCUUGGAGCCAGUGUACGCGGAGACCUUUAAGGCCCUCACCCAGGAUGCUGAAGCCCAUGGAAAUAAGAAGAUCAGUGCUCACAUUUCCCUAUUAGAAGAAAACCUACUACUGCCUGAUAGAGGGAAUGUUCUAUUGAGGAAUAUAGCUUGUACUUUAGACGAUGCUCCAUUUGUACUGAACAGAGUGCUCUACAGGGACAUGAAGGGGAUCAGCUUUACAGUAGUGGAUGAAGGGAAGCCAGUACACGUCCCCCAAGUUCAGAACCAUGGGAACAUCUUCUUCUGGAACCAUUCCCGCAAGAAGAACGAUCAAAAUGGGUCAUUCCUGGCUCUGCCUCUUCAGGAUGCAUAUAUGAGGAUCUUUGGGGUCUUGGCUGUUGACACCUUAAGAGAUCCCCAGAAAAUAAACAUCUUCCUACCCCAUGAGAUCAAAUUCUAUCAGGGAGUUGCCAAUGUUUUUAGUACUGCCUAUCACUACGUCCACAGCCGAGAGCACAUCCUGCAUAUCGUGAUCACUGGCAUCAGCUGGCUCUACAACAUCACAUCCAGCAUCACUGCCAUCACUACAUACUUCAUUGAGCCUAGCCCAGCGAAGGAUUCGGACUAUGUUUUACGAAAUAUGAUGGUCACAGGGCACCUGGGUCUAACAGAAGUCCACAGGAAUCCCCCUAUCAUCUUUAGGAAGACUUGCAUCUUCAGAGAUUUCCUCUUUAAGUGUACAGACAGUUCAGAAGUUGUUUUGGCCUCUGUCUGUGGAGAAAACCACAUAGUAGUUCCACUUCGUGAGAGAACAGGAGAAGCUUUGGGAGUUCUCGAUGUUAACAUUGGCAGGAGUAAGAUGUUGUUGUAUCGAGAAUUUAAAGAUCUACAGAAAAUGACGAAGGUGAUCCAAGUUGCCUGCAAUGAAAUACUGGGCGAAUUAUCUGGAGAAAUAAAGAAAAACUAUAUCUUAGAAAUUGAAAAUGUGGGAGAAGUCCAGCGGGCAGGCAUUCUCUUCUUCCGAGUCAUGCUGAAAGAGCUACAACAGUGCCUCCGGCUGCUUACCUCCAUGGACUUUGUGUCACUGUUGCUCUAUGAUUAUGAUCCUCUGGCAGAGCCGAAAUCACCAGACAGCCAGUCCCAGGAGUUGGAAGCCAACGUAAAACUAGUACAAGACAUCCUAAAAGGGAUUAUCUUGUUCUUUCACCCAGAAUUGGAAUUAUCAAGUGACUUAGGAAAUUGGGAUCAGUGUAAACUGUACGUUAACCAAUACUUAGUCGAGCAUAUUUGUGACUUUGAUCCAACUGCUAGGAAACUGAAGGUUAAUUUAAAGCUCAUUGAUGAAUAUAUCAGAGAUCAUUCUCGAAUUGAAGUAUGGAAAUUUGGUAAUACUGCUAUCGAAUACUUAUACCACUGGGCACACAUCUGUUCAGCUCUUAUGAAGCUGAACAAAAAAAUAAAUAGUGCCAUUUCACCCCCAUUGCCAUCCAAGACUAACUCCUAUGUGUAUGCAAAAAUGCCAGGGGGAAGCUUGCUAGGGAAAUGCUAA